CUGGGCUCGGUGGAGUCCGGACCUCCGCGCCGCCGCGAAAGGCUCGCGUCCCCCGGGCACCGCCACUCACCCGGCGCAGAGGACCUGGCGACGCCUCGCUGCCCGUCUCACGUCUCUCGGCUCAUCGCUGCUCUGGGCACCAGCUGCCUCUUGGCUGGCGCUGCUGUCACACGGUGGACUGUUCUGGCCUUACUGAGCUGCCGUUUGGGGACAUCAGAUUCAGGUCGUAUGGGGAGAAAGGAGUGUAACUUUACAAAGUAUGAUGUGGAGACCCUGGCCUGUUGCCCAUUUCUGCCUGAUGUAAGGCCAACUAGGGUGGUGAUAGGAAGGGUUCCGAGGCAGGAUUUAUGCAACAUUUAUGUGAAAUUGUAAAUUUUCCUUGCUUUCCAUUAUCUACGUUAAAGGGGGAUUGUGGCCACAUAUCCUAAAGGGAAAGAAUCACACUGCUCUGGUGGGGCUCCUCCCUCCUCACUGUGGUUAAUUGUCAUUUGGAACAUUAGGAUAUAUUUGAAACUGGCAGGACUCCCAGACCCCGAUAAUUGUCUGAGUGGAGGCAGCAGCAUACAAUUUCUUCGUAGUGUUUAGGUUCUGCUUUUCUUUUCUUUUCUUUCUUUUUUUUGGCUUCUGACCAGAGAUUCUAUUCACAGCAAAGGUUCUGCUUUUCUUUGACUUUCUUAGUAUUUUUUUUUUUUUCCAUGUCUGUUACCCUCACAAUCUCUUUGGGGCUGAUAGAGUGUUAUUAUUUGUUACUGAGAAAGGAAACGAAGGGGUAAAUCACAGAACUGGGGUCAGCCGUCCCUAUUGCGCCGGAAUUGGGUUGUCCUGACUGGAUAAUUCAAACAUCAUUUUGAAAAGGUCAUCCUUUUAGCAACUGAAACAAAUAACACCCCCUGGUCAUUCUAUACUAGUGGUUCUCCUGCCUGGCUGUAUGUUGUAAUCAUCUAGGGACCUUAAAAAAAAAAGCUGCUUCUUGGGCCUACUCCCACAGAUUCUGGUUUAAUUGGUUGAGUGGGGCGCAGUUAUUGAUAUUUUUUAAAAAUAUCAAUAAGCUUCCACGAUGAUUAUUAAUGUUCAUGCAGGGUUGAAUACCACAAGCUCUCAAUGUGUUCAAUAUUUAAAAACUAGCACUUAGUAUGGCGUAACUUACAUAACUGAUUUUAUUACUUCUCCACCUGCCAUGUAACCUCCAUGAAUACAUGGGGCCCUGCUUUGGAAGAAGGGCAAGGGAAGGUCCAGCAAAAAGAAUGAUAUAAAAAUGAAGAAAACAUUUAUGUGUGUUUCAGAUGUGGCAUGAAGAAAAUAAGGACUGCUGGUCAAAAUUGCCUGAGUUCAGAAUUUCCUGCUGGAAGGAAGGUUAGACAUAACUUCUGAUUUCUAGUUCCAGGAAGCAUCUCUUCUUGGAAAAUUUCCAAAAAAGAGUCUCGCUCUGUUACCCAGGCUGGAGUACAUUGGUGUGAUCAUGGCUCACUGUAGCCUCGACCUCCUAGGCUCAAACAAUUCUCCUACCUCAGCCUCCUGAGUAGCUGGGACUAAGGAGUUCUUUGAAGAAAAAUGUGCUGCUUGAAUCAACUGCAGUCUCUCCACUGCAUAAGAACUCUUAAGGGUACUAGCAGAAUAGAAGCAAAUGAAACUGAAAGCUCAUCUGCAGCCCAGAAAAACAAAAACAUGGAAUUUUAAAGAGUGAAGGUAGCCUGGUGUCGGCCAUGGGUGAUCAAGAUACAGCCAGACAAUGUGGACCAAUUUCUUCAAACUACGGCUUUUCUGCUGUCUGCUUGCAGUGUUGAUGGUGGUGGUGCUGGUUGUCAAUGUUACUCAGGUAGAGUACUUGGACCAUGAGACUGUUUCAGCCACAUUCAUCGACAGCAGUGGGCAGUUUGUUUCCCCCCAGGUGACAAGAAUUAGCCGGAAUCCCUACUGUGGCUAUGAUCAGCAGACCCUGUCCAGCCAGGAGCGCAUGGAGGAGGACUCCUUGCUGGCCGCCUUGCACGGGCAGGUUCCAGAUAUGGGCCCAGUCCCCUUUGUGAAGAGCACUGACCCUUCUUCCAGCUACUUUGUUAUCUUGAACUCUGCUGCCUUCUUUAAGGUGGGAAGCCAGCUGGAGGUACUGGUUCAUGUACAGGAUUUUCAAAGAAAGCCCAAGAAGUAUGGUGGAGACUAUCUGCAGGCCAGAAUUCACUCCCCCAAGCUGCAGGCCGGGGCUGUGGGCAGGGUGGUGGACUACCAGAAUGGGUUUUACAAAGUUUUCUUUACUUUGCUAUGGCCAGGCAAAGUUAAAGUGUCCAUAUCUUUGGUCCACCCCAGUGAAGGGAUCAGAGUUCUUCAGCACUUACAGGAAGAUAAACCAGACAGGGUCUAUUUCAAGAGUCUCUUCCGUUCAGGAAGAAUUUCUGAAACUACUGAGUGCAACGUGUGUCUUCCUGGGAAUCUGCCCCUGUGUAACUUUACAGACCUCUACACUGGGGAACCCUGGUUCUGCUUCAAACCAAAGAAGCUCCCUUGCAGUAGCAGAAUUACUCAUUUCAAAGGUGGAUACCUGAAGGGUCUCCUAACUGCUGCAGAGAGUGCAUUCUUCCAGAGUGGUGUCAAUAUCAAAAUGCCAAUCAACUCCAGUGGACCUGAUUGGGUAACUGUGAUUCCCAGGAGAAUACAAGAGACUAAUAAUCUAGAACUAUCUCAAAGCUCAGGAACUUUUCCCUCUGGGUAUUAUUAUAAAGACCAGUGGAGGCCCAGAAAGUUUAAGAUGCGUCAGUUUAAUGACCCUGACAACAUUACAGAGUGCUUACAAAGAAAAGUGGUGCAUUUAUUUGGUGACUCAACAAUCAGGCAAUGGUUUGAAUACCUUACUACGUUUGUUCCAGAUUUAGUGGAGUUUAACUUGGGUAGUCCCAAGAAUGUGGGCCCCUUCCUUGCAGUGGACCAGAAGCACAACAUCCUGCUCAAAUACCGCUGCCAUGGUCCACCCAUCCGCUUCACCACCGUCUUUAGCAGUGAGCUCCGUUAUGUGGCGAAUGAGCUGAAUGGCAUUGUGGGAGGGAAGAACACAGUGGUUGCCAUAGCUGUAUGGUCUCACUUCAGCACCUUCCCCUUGGAAGUGUAUAUCCGGCGGCUCAGGAACAUCCGUCGAGCGGUGGUUCGGCUCCUCGAUCGAAGCCCAAAGACGGUGGUGGUCAUCCGGACGGCCAAUGCCCAAGAGCUGGGGCCUGAGGUGAGCCUUUUCAACAGCGACUGGUACAACUUUCAGCUGGACACCAUUCUUCGGAGGAUGUUCUCAGGGGUCGGAGUAUAUCUUGUGGAUGCCUGGGAGAUGACCCUGGCUCAUUAUCUACCACACAAGCUGCAUCCUGAUGAAGUUAUUGUGAAGAACCAGCUGGACAUGUUCUUGUCCUUUGUGUGCCCCUUUGAGACCUAGCCUGUCCUGGAAGGGACUGUAGGAAUCAUAUUCAAUGACCUUCUCAAUUGACCUGAGCUACGGAAAGUGGCCCCAGUGAGAGAUGACUGCCAUUAAUAAAUAUAAAAUUUCAAAAAGAGCUGGACUUUAUAUGAGGAGCUUAGAAAAUGCAGGUUACAUUUAUAUCUACCUAAAGGAUUUUAUCCAAUCUUGACUUAGCCAUGGUAGAACUCUUAUUAACAGCAUCUAUACACUGUAUUGCUCUUGUAACCAAAGAUGCUAAUGAGUGUAUUUGAAUUAGCUUCUUCUGGGAGGGGUGAUUACUUUGCUAACAACGAUGAAACGUAUUCUGAUGGAAGGGACAAUGGUAGUAGAGUGUUUGUAGCUUAUCUGGUAAAGGGAAUUGAGUGCAUCUGCAUGAGUAGCCCAAGUAGUCCGUCUUCUGGGGGUCAAUCAGAGGAAGCUUAUAGUCAGAGGCUCUUGUGAAUGCACUGAAGACUGCUGUGUCUCAGGAGUUUCUCUUGAUGAUCUGCCUUUUCUGAAUUACUUGAUGAGGCCAAUGUGCUUGGUUUGAAUUUUAUAGUGAGAAUGUUUGCAAUUUCCUGCUUUUAUCUAGAAAAGAAGUAAAAGGGAAUAGGAAAGCAGUACAUAUAAUAUCUGUUUGGAAUUAAUAUUUGCAUUUGGUGAUUGUUCUUUAUUUGCUCCAGCUAAAUUUUAUGUGUUGAAUACUUACUCUAGAAUGACUACUUUUGGAACUGGAAGGGGAAAUCUGUAAACAGAAAUUUAUUUUUAUGUUCUGAAAUUUGAGGGUUUUAAGAAUUGACUUUUAUGUAAUGAAUGCUAUUGUAUUAUAAAGAUGUGAAAGUUUUUCCCGCCAA